UUCUUUAAACAUUAUUUUCUCUUUACACGUUCUUUUAUCUCUUCUUGAAGCGUUACUGUCUUCCAUAGUUUUACUACAUCGUCGAAACGAUUGCUCGCUUACUCUACAAUCAAUCAACCACGGUCUAUUUUCUUGAAAACAUGUAUAUAUUUUACAAAGUAUUGUCAGUAAACGAAUUUUGCAUUAGUUUUGAUAAUUAAAUUUCAAAGCGCUCAACUGCGUUGAGUACUCGUAUCCGUAACUAUCUCACCAUAUACAUUAGCUUAACUACAGCAAAUACGACUUCUCUCGCUCAUACACGAAAUAUCUGCUAGCAGCACUUUAAAGUUUUCGUAUUUAUGCUUUAUGAGCCAGCCGCAAUUCCAACACAAAACGCAAUAAAAAGUAUAUAAUGGCUGAUACUGAAUUGAAAGACAUCAAUCAGCUAACAACGCUCAGAAGUCAAAAACCGUUCUUUCUUACGAAACUAAAAUACAAAACCUAACAAAAUGUACAAAUUGUUUGUCCUUGCUGCCCUCGUCGCCGUUACCGCCGCUGCUCCAAGCCACUUGUAUGAGAGUCCAGUUGUGUACUCCGCUCCAGCAGCAGUUGCCUACCAUGAACCCGUCUUGGCUAAAGUUGGCUCCGUGGUGAAGAGCAUUCCCACCGCUGUCUCCCAUCAAAGCCAGUCGAUCGUGCACAGCUCAGCUCAUGUUUUGGAGGAUGUGGUUGCACCCGUUGUGAAGACCAGCUAUGUUUCCACCCCAGUGGUGAAGACCAUCCACUCUGCUCCUCUGGUGCACACCUCAUAUGCCGCUGCUCCAGUUGUGCACAGUUAUGCAGCACCUUUGGCUUAUGACACUCACUACUCAUCCUGGUAAACGGACGACGAAGGAAAACAGAAAUGGACAAAAGAUUUUGUACACAAAUUUUGUGAUAAAAUUAUUAACUUUAUUUAAUAGAAUAAUUAGAUAAAGACUUUGUUGUUUUCUUAA